AUGCUACUCGUCUCCUACUGCUCCAGCGUUUGCCUAAUGCUCAUACCAAAGUCUGCACUCAUUCUCUGCCAUCUCUGCCUAAUCUCUGCUGCUCGUCUCUACUGCUCAUCUCUGCUGCUCAUCUCUGCUGCUAAUCUCUGCUGCUCAACUCUGCUGCCGUCUCUGCUGCUAUUCUCUGCUGCUAAUCUCUGCUGCUCUACUCUGCUACUCGUCUCUCUGCUCAUCUCUCUGCUCAUCUUCUCUGCUGCUAAUCUCUGCUGCCGUCUCUACUGCUCAUUCAUCUCUGCUGCUGCUAAUCUGCUGCUCAACUCUGCUGCUCGUCUCGACUGCUCAUCUCUGCUGCCAUUCUCUCUGCUGCUAAUCUCUGCCUGUCCCCUCUGCUGCUCUGCUCAUCUACUGCUCUCUGCUGCUCAUCUCCUCUGCUCGUCUCGACUGCUCAUCUCUGCUGCUCAUCCUGCUGCUAAUCUCUGCUGCUAA